GCCGCGGUCGGAAAGACGAAGCCCAAGGAAGACAAGAGUCAGCUGGCUCGCGAGCAGUCCCGCGGCCGUGUGGUCGUCGCCUUGGCCCGCUGCUGCCGAGUCCCGGGGGCGAAAGGACGAGACAGCGAAAAAGCAGUCUGGCUCCCGAGGCCCACCCCUUACACCCCAGGGUCCAGAUGGCGGCCAACGUGGGUGAUCAGCGCAGCGCAGACUGGUCCUCUCAGUACAGCAUGGUGGCCGGGGCGGGCAGGGAGAACGGCAUGGAGACGCCCAUGCACGAGAACCCAGAGUGGGAGAAGGCCCGCCAGGCCCUGGCCAGCAUCAGCAAGGCGGGCGCUGCCGGCACCUCCGCCAAGGCCAGCAGCAACGGGCCUGUGGCCAGUGCACAGUACGUGUCGCAGGCAGAAGCCUCGGCCCUGCAGCAGCAGCAGUACUACCAGUGGUACCAGCAGUACAGCUACGCCUACCCCUACAGCUACUACUACCCCGUGAGCAUGUACCAGAGCUACGGCUCCCCCUCCCAGUACGGGAUGGCCGGCUCCUAUGGCUCAGCCACGCCCCAGCAGCCAUCGGCCCCCCAGCACCAGGGCACUCUGAACCAGCCCCCGGUCCCCGGCAUGGAUGACAGCCUGUCCUACCAGACCCCUCCCCAGCAGCUUCCGGCCGCUCAGCCCCCUCAGCCUUCCAACCCGCAGCACGGGGCUCAUGCUCUGAGCAGCGGCCCCCAGCCCGGGACGGCCCCAGCCACACAGCACAGCCAGGCGGGGCCCGCCGCAGGCCAGGCCUAUGGGCCGCACAGCUACCCUGAGCCCGCAAAGCCCAAGAAGGGCCAGCAGCUGUGGAACCGCAUGAAGCCGGCCCCCGGGACAGGUGGCCUCAAGUUCAAUAUUCAGAAACGGCCCUUCGCUGUCACCAGCCAGAACUUCAGCUCCGCCUCAGAGGGCCAGCACAGCAGCUUUGGCCCCCAGCCCAACCCCGAGAAGGCCCAGAACCACAGGGGCAGCCUGUCUGGGAAGCCGGACGACUGGCCGCAGGACAUGAAGGAGUACGUGGAGCGCUGCUUCACAGCCUGCGAGUCGGAGGAGGACAAGGACCGCACGGAGAAGCUGCUCAAGGAGGUGCUGCAGGCCCGGCUCCAGGAUGGCUCAGCCUACACCAUCGACUGGAGCCGGGAGCCUCUGCCAGGGCUGACUCGGGAGCCUGUGGCGGAGAGUCCCAAGAAGAAGCGGUGGGAGGCCCCCAGCAGCCUUCACCCUCCUAGGGGGGCAGGCUCCACGACCAGGGGCGGGGGUGCCCAGUCACAGCGAGGGACGCCGGGGGCUGGGGGUGCUGGCCGAGCACGGGGCAGCAGCUUCGCCAAGUUUGGCAACCGCAAUGUCUUCAUGAAGGACCACAGCUCCUCCUCCAGCACGGACUCGCGUUCCCGCUCCUCCUCCAGGUCACCGACCCGCCACUUCCGCCGCAGCGACUCCCACUCGGACUCUGACAGUUCCUACUCAGGGAAUGAGUGUCCACCUGUGGGUCGCAGAAACCCACCCCCCAAGGGCCGGGGAGGCCGGGGGGCCCACAUGGAUCGGGGCCGAGGCAGGGCGCAGCGAGGGAAGAGGCAUGAUCUAGGUCCCACCAAGCGCAACCGAAAGAGGAUGGCGGCACUGGAGUGUGAAGACCCUGAGCGCGAGCUGAAGAAGCAGAAGCGGGCGGCCCGCUUCCAGCACGGGCAUUCCCGCCGCCUGCGCCUGGAGCCCCUGGUGCUGCAGGUGGGCAGCCUGGAGAGCGGCGGGGCCGACCCCGACUGGCAGGAGCUGCAGAUCGUGGGCACCUGCCCCGACAUCACCAAGCACUACCUGCGCCUCACCUGUGCCCCCGACCCAUCCACUGUGCGCCCUGUGGCGGUUUUGAAGAAGUCUCUGUGCAUGGUCAAGUCGCAGUGGAAAGAGAAGCAGGACUAUGCCUUUGCCUGUGAGCAGAUGAAGUCCAUCCGGCAGGACCUGACGGUGCAAGGCGUGCGCACGGAGUUCACGGUGGAGGUGUACGAGACACACGCCCGCAUCGCCUUGGAGAAGGGUGACCACGAGGAGUUCAAUCAGUGCCAGACGCAGCUCAAGUCACUGUACGCGGAGAACCUGCCCGGCAACGUGGGCGAGUUCACCGCCUACCGGAUCCUCUACUAUAUCUUCACCAAGAACUCGGGAGACGUCACCACAGAGCUGGCCUACCUGACGCGGGAGCUGAAGACGGACUCCUGCGUGGCCCACGCCUUGGCGCUGAGGGCGGCCUGGGCUCUGGGCAACUACCACCGCUUCUUCCGGCUCUACGGCCACGCGCCCUGUAUGUCUGGCUACCUCAUAGACAAGUUUGUGGAUCGAGAGCGCAAGGCCGCCCUCAAGGCCAUGAUCAAAACGUAUGUUCAGCUGAGCUCUCCCCCACCCCUCCUCUCUCUCCCCUCCGCACACUGUCAGUGGACGGGCCUCUCGCUCCCAUCCCCGGUCGGUCCAGGCCCCUGCCUCCCUCCUCGUCCCCUCUCCCCCCUUUGUCUUCCCGUCCUGCCCCUCCUGCUCUCCUCUGCACAGCCCGCCCUCUUUCCUGGCCCUCCCACGUCUCCGAACUUCCACCGUGCUCUGUCUCGGCUCCCAGGCCCCCCACCCACCCCCCGCUGCCCUGCUGCCGCCUCUCUCAUGGCUCUCCUGUCACUGAGCUUCUGCUCUAGGGACAAACUAGAAAACACGGCCCCGCUCUGGGUAGCGUCUGGUCAGAUGGGACAGCCCUGUUUGUACCUGAGUCCUGAGAGAGUGCGGAAAGUGUUAGGGAGGCAAGCUGGCCUGGGGGUGCUUACAGAAGGCCAUCGAGUGUGCCUGCCCUGUGCUUGCGAGUGUGGGGCUGGUGGUGCUCAGGGCAGUGAGUUUCCCCCCAGGGACACAGGGCAGGUUCAGGAGUCCUUGUCUGUUGUCACGACUAGGGGGUGCCUCUGGCCUGUGGUGGGUAGAGAGACUGGGGAUGCUGCUGAGCAGCCCGCUGUGUGCGCAGCACCCCACAGCCCCUAACCAGCCCCGCUGUCAGUCCUUCCAAGGGUGCCAGCCCCGGUCGGAGGGCAGAGCGCCCAGGGGGCCUUGCGUGCCACGUCUGUUAGCUUGGGGGCCAUGGGGGUGCUUUGGAGCCGGGGAGGGAUGGUCAACCUGAAGGCGAGGAACACGCUCCAGGGGCCGCAGAAACAGACAAGACGACAUAGGGCAGACACAUGUAGGGCGAGGAUGCACAGGGUCUGCUUACUGGCCAGUUGUGUGCCUGAGGGAUCCCCAGCUGCCCCUCCAAGUCCACCCUCCGCGGCCAGACGCGCCCCUGCAGGCCAGCUCCCAGGCUUUCGUGUGCUCACGGGGCAUGGCUGGGCCGGCGACUCUGUGCCCCUGCUAGCUUGUGCGUGCUGGGCCUUGGGCGGGGACACAGCCAGCCUUCUGCCCUGUGGGAGGGCCCCUGGCCUGUCACUGACCCCGAGCUCACCCUGCCCUGCUUGUCAGGUGGGCACUGCCUUGGCAGGCAUGUCCCUUCACCCUAGAGCCAGGUCCCUGCGGAGUGGCCAGGAGGCAGUUACGUGGGCGCAACAGGCUCUCCUGUGCCCCCAUGGACGGCCAGGGCUGGGAGACGGAUGGGCUGGCGGCAGGAGCAGUUCAAGUGCUUUCUGCCACUUGCUUCCUCAGUGACACUGGCCCAGCGGCUCUGCCUCCGGGCCUGCAGUUGCCUCAGUGUUUAGGAGGGUGGGGUGACUCAGCCUCAGGCAGAGAAUGCCGUGAGUCAGCCUGGCAGCCUUGGAACAGCUGGCUGUGUCGGCACGUGCCAAGUGCUCAGCGAGGAGAGUGUGCUGUUGACAACCAGAGCUUUGUGUUUGAAAUGCGUAGUGAGUGCUGGCUGAUACCUGUGCCUGGGGCGUUUCUGAGGCACUGGGACCCAGGUUUGGGGUCCCGUGAGGGCUGGGCCCCCAGUGUAGCAGUCAGCCCUGCUGUCCCACACCUGUCCCCAUGGGUCACUCCUUCUGCCUGGCCCCUGCCCCUCGGCCACAGUGGCCCUCUUCUGAGGGACUGCUCAGGCCCUGGAGCAGUGGAAGCGCCAGCUGGGUCCUCCCCUCCCCCCUCCUUCCCGGCCCCCUGCACAGGUAAGUGAGGGUAAAGGGGGGCACAGGUGGGCUUGGGGCCAUCAGCCCCAUUUGGGCUCCCCGAGCCCCAGAGGUGGGGAGGUGUGGGUGGGGCGGGUGUCAGAGGUCAGCAG